GUGAUGUCACAGCGGGCCCAGAAAGAUGGCGGCGGAGGAAAGCGGGUUGAAGCGUCGGAGUCACACAAGCAGCAUCUUCAAAGAAGCCCGUGGAGAAACACUCGUGGAGGUAAACAACGGAGAAAGCAUCAAACCGACGGACGACGCCAAACUGCGAAGAAAACACGGAGAACCGUCAAAUCAAACAGCUGGGGACGCCUUGCUCUUCUGGUGGUUAUGGCUUUAAAUCAGACAGAUCUCAUCCGAGAAACGAAGGGGUUGAUGACCUUCAGGAUGAAGAGGAGCUCGGCACUGCCCGGCCUGUGCAGAUUGUGGUGGCUGAUGAAGAGGAGCACUCUUUCUUGCUGCAGGAGGCGGCACUGGAGCGGCUGCUGCUGCGUGAGGAGGUGCAGGACCUCAAUGUGGUGGUCGUCUCAGUGGCUGGAGCUUUUCGCAAAGGCAAAUCGUUCCUGCUGGACUUCAUGCUGCGCUACAUGUACAGACAGUCACCUGACUCCUGGGUUGGGGGUGAGGAGCAGCCUCUGACCGGCUUCACGUGGCGGGGCGGCUGCGAGAGGGAAACCACGGGGAUCCUGGCCUGGAGCGAGGUGUUUGUGAUGGAGAAACCAGAUGGCAGUAAGGUUGCAGUUCUGCUGAUGGACACACAGGGGGCGUUUGACAGCCAGUCCACUAUUAGAGAGUGUGCUACGCUGUUCGCCCUGAGCACCAUGACCAGUUCAGUCCAGGUGUACAAUCUAUCCCAAAACCUCCAGGAGGAUGAUCUUCAGCACCUCCAGCUCUUCACGGAGUAUGGACGACUUGCUAUGAAGGAAGUCUGUGAGAAACCCUUCCAGACUCUGAUGUUCCUGGUUCGAGACUGGAGUUAUCCCUAUGAGCAUCCGUAUGGGUUGGAGGGAGGGCGGAGCUUCUUGGAGAAACGACUGCAGGUCAAACCGAACCAACAUGAAGAGCUACAAAAUGUCCGGAAACACAUCCGCUCCUGCUUCUCCAACAUCUGCUGCUUCCUGCUUCCACAUCCUGGCCUCAGAGUGGCCACCAACCCUCACUUUGAUGGCCGGCUCAAAGAUAUUGAUGACGAGUUUAAGAAGGAGCUGUUGAACCUCGUUCCUGCUCUUCUUUCUCCUCAAAACCUGGUGGAGAAAGAAAUUGGAGGUGUGAAAAUCACCUGCAGAGAUUUGGUGCUUUACUUUAAAGCCUACAUGAAGAUCUACCAGGGAGAAGAACUUCCUCAUCCUAAGUCCAUGCUGCAGGCAACGGCUGAAGCUAAUAAUCUUGCAGCUGCAGCGAUCGCCAAAGAUCUGUACUACAAAAGCAUGGAACAGAUCUGCGGCGGAGACCGACCUUACAUUUCUCCAUCAGAACUGGAGCGCCAUCACGCAGAGCUGCGGCAGUCCUCAGUAUGGCAUUUCCGUUCUGUCAAGAAGAUGGGUGGCGAGGAGUUUUGCCGGCGCUACCAGGAGCAGUUAGAGGUGGAGCUCAAUGAGGCUUAUGCAAACUUCAGCAAGCACAACGAUGGCAAGAACAUCUUCAGUGCAGCACGAACGCCCGCCACACUGUUUGCUGUCAUGUUCAUCAUGUACUUGGUGUCAUUGGUCACUGGCUUUGUGGGCAUUCGCUCCGUGGCCGUGCUGUGCAAUCUGAUGAUGGGUGUGGCUCUGACCCUUUUCUGCAUCUGGGCCUAUGCCAAAUACUCUGGAGAGUUUCGUGAAGUUGGAGGAGUCAUCGACAAAGUGGCAGAAACCCUUUGGGAGCAGAGGACUCCACGAAAGAUUUUCUCCAAACUCUUUGAGGUGGCUCGGGGUAGAGUUCCACUGGGAAGCCUGGCUCCGGCGCCCCGGCCUUGGCUCGCCUCCAACAACAACGUGAAGAAGAAGAACUAGCCGCUGCCCUCCUGGCCAUCUCCCCUUGGCUUAAAGACCCCCCAGGUCCCUGCUCUUACUAGAUGAGGGUUUCUUUUACUGGGAUGACUCUCUGUAGCCACAUGAGGCAGGUGAUGUACUUUUCCUCUGGUGGGAGAGGCCAUGUGACUCCCUGUCAGCUCAGGUGUGUGGACCUGCCAGAGGACGUCUCCACAUUGGUUCCCACGUAUGUGACUGUGUAAACGAAGAGCAUGACCACUCACCUCCCACCCUGAUCAUCUUGCCCCCGGCGUUUCAGUGGCUGCUACCAAAGUUUUCCAUCUUUACUCGUAGAAAUUCUCUGGCUCUGCUGAAGGACAUUGAAGGUUUAUCAGCUAAUGACGGUUUGAUAUAUUUGGAGAAGUUUAGGGUGGAGGGGUCAGAAUUGUUGAUGUGCGUAGCCCCAGCUGUGAAGUGUUAGAUCAGGCAGCGUGCAGUAGAGAAGAACCACCAGGCGCAUGAAACGAGGCCACGGGGAGAGGAUUCUGCCACCAUCCAGAUGUCCAGAUGAAGAUUGCAGCUGUGACCUGGCUCUGCAGACUCCUGUUGUUAGGAGCUGUUUGGACUGUUUUUGUCUGAGUUCCUCCCAGAACUGGUGCGGUCCGGUCCAGUCCGGCCUGCCAGAGUUCUAGUUCCACCCUGUUGCUGAAGAGGCUUCUCAUCCUCCUUUUUGACCAGAACUUUGUUCUCUUUCCUGACUCUAAAAGCACUCGAAGCCUUUUCGCUACACAUGACAGGUAUUGAUUUGACACUUGGAACGAAUGUGUUUUCCAUAGAUGUCUGACCCAGAUGGCCUUUAGGAUGAGGUCGACGGUUCUGCUGUAGGAAGCCACACACGUGUCGGUCAUCUCGGCCGGGUUAGGGUGCAGCCUCGUCGGGCAUGUGUGUGUGUGUGUGUGUGUGUGUGUUCACUACUUAUAGAAAUGUCAGAUUUUCUAGACCUUUUUGUAGCUGGAAGAACCGCAGUGGGGUGGAAGACCAGAAUACAGCUGCUGUAGGUUUGUGGAAAUGUCUGAUGAAUUCCUUUUUUACGUAUAGAUUUGUAAGUUUGAUCUUACAUGACCACUGCUGUACCACCUUCUGCUGGCAAAGGAUGUUUAUAAUCAUUUUAGUUUUUUGCCUGUUGCAUUUUAGCUUUCUUGGGUUAUUUUUCAGUACAUGAAUAAACUGAGCUGGUAUAAACA